AUGUCAUUGAACUCAUUUACUUUUGAUGAAUUUAUUCAAAUACAAAUUGAAGAAUAUAUACUAAAUGAAAAACAAAAAAUUGAAAAUGAAUGGAAAUUAAAACUUUACAAAUUAGAAAAAAAACUCGAUCGAAUGCAACAAAUACUUGAGACAUUACUAAUGUCACAAAAAAGUGAAGGGCUGGAAUCGGAUAAAGAUUCAAUUGAUAAACCUUCUAGAUCUCCUAAGACACCAACACCAACGCCUUUACACCAGAUAUUAAAGAAUAAAACCGAACAUACUACUACACCACCAUCACAACCUCCUUUAAAGCUACAAAUUGAACAUAACCACAUUGAAGAGUAUUUGAAAACAAAUGCAAUACAUUUAUAUGAUCCUCCUAAAGUGUCGGCUCAAGAAGUUGGUAACAAUUUUUAUCCGGAGCUAUAUGAGACACCAGAUAUUUCUACAAUGUUGCAAAAUUCUCCUCAUUCACAGUGUUCUAUGAAUUUGAGAAGAUUUGAAAAAAUGAAAAUUCCCAAAUAUGAGGAGGAUUCAGAUACUAUAGAGUUUAGUGAGUUCAGCAAACAAUUCAAAAAAUAA